AUGGUAUUGAAGACUUACAGCAAUGCCAUUUACAGGGUCGCCAUUUUCGCGUAUGGACUUAUUUCGACAUUGGCCACUCUUUUAUAUCCACUGGCCGACUCUUUGGGUCUGUGGCCCUCAAUGACUUCUCGUUUCUUUACGGGUUUCGCUCAAGCUAGUCAACUGCAUUUUAGCAAUGAAGUAGUAUUGACGUGGGCUCCACAAUCGGAGAAAUCAUUAUUCUUUUCGAUACUUCUCGCUGCUUCUCAGUUUGGACCACUUUUUACUAUGAUACUCGGUGGCGAAAUGUGCAGUUCGUCUCUUGGAUGGGAAGUCAGUCACAAUCCUUUCGAUUGUUUGUCAGGCAAAAUAUCCGAUGAAAUGUCAACAUGUUUUGUUCAGGCAACCUACUAUGUACUUGGAGUUCUUACACUUACAUCAACGGCAGCUUUCAUAUUUCUUUACACGCAGGAUGUGGAAAGCAACAGGCAUGAAUGUUUUUUUGGAAUCAAAAAAGGUGGUAAUGUCCCACCAUGA